AUGCCUUCUCUUCUCUCUAUCGCUUCUGCUGCAUUGGUGUGCUUGUCAGCAGCAAACGCUUCGCCUCAUCAGCCUGUGCAGACCCAGGUCGACCCUUUCUUCUACAAAGGCUUUGAUCUGUCUUCGUUGCAUAUUCUGGAGCUUGGUAAUGUGACUUACAAAGACACUGCUCGUCGUAAUGCUACAAGACCUGCUGAGGAUAUCCUGGGUGAUGGCGGCAUGAACACUGUGAGACUGAGAAUCUGGGUCAACCCCGAGCCCGGACAAUAUGACCUGGCGUAUACCUUGAGUCAAGCACAGCGAUUCGCUAAGAAGGGCUAUCGCAUUUACCUCGACUUCCACUUCUCAGACACUUGGGCGGAUCCGAACAAGCAAUUCACUCCCGCAGCUUGGACAACCAGCAGUGUUUCGGCUCUUGGCUCUGACCUCCGCCGCUACGUCAAGUCCACCUUGAUCGCUUUCCAAAAGGGCGGCGUCGACCUCUCCCUCGUAAGCUUAGGUAAUGAGAUCCGCCACGGUAUGCUCUGGCCCACCGGCUACGUCGAAGUAGACACCUUCCCCACCUCGGCCCGUAUUGCAAACUUCACUUCCCUCGCCAGCCUCUGGUCCAACGCCCGCAAAGGCGUCGACGAUGCCGUAAAAGCCGGUGUCAAGAAGCCAUCCAUUAUGAUCCACAUCGACGACGGCUGGAACAAGACCCUCCAACUAAACUGGUUUGAAGCACUUACCGGCAGUGGAAAAGUAAAAGCUGCUGAUUGGGAUGUCUUUGGCUUUUCCUUCUAUCCCUUUUAUGGCACUGCUGCUACUCUGGAUAAUCUAAAGGAUACUCUGAAUGCUGUGGCUGCUAAAUAUCAGAAACCUGUUCAUGUGGUUGAGACGGAUUGGCCUGCUAUUUGCGAUGGAGCUACUGCACCUGAGCUUAGUGAUACCUCUGUACCCAUCAGUCCUGCAGGUCAAACAGAAUGGGUACGCGAUAUCGUCAGUGUGGUCAAGAACGUUGCUGGUGGCUGGGGCAAAGGCGUCAACUACUGGGAGCCUACUUGGUUGAACAAUACUGGUCUUGGAAGUGCUUGCCAGGAUGCCAUCUUGUUCUCUGCUGACUGGAGUGGUUGGCCGAAUAAGAUCAUCGGGUACUCGAGAUCGAGUGUUGAUAUGUUCGCCGGACGGUAA